GGUAUUAAUUAUGGCGGGUCAUAUUUCCAUAUACGUAUUUUAUACUACCCUUCAUUCACACCUUUAUCCAAUGUAUUUAGGAUUGCAUUGGGGCAAUUGAUGGUACACACAUUCCUGCUCAUGUGCCUGCCGGUGACCAUGCGAGCUUCCGCAAUCGGAAGGGGGUCCUCUCCCAAAACGUACUGGCGGCGUGUUCAUUUGAUAUGAACUUCAUUUACAUAUUGGCCGGUUGGAAGGGUUCUGCUUCGGAUGCGAGGGUCUUACACAAUGCUCUGAGUCGAUCAGAUGAUCCCUUGCUUGUCCCACAUGGAAAAUAUUACGUUGUCGAUGCCGGUUAUGCACAUUCACCUGGUUUUAUGGCUCCAUACCGGGGCGUUCGAUAUCACUUACAGGAGUAUCGAACCGGGAGAGCACCUGCCAACAUGAAGGAGCUGUUUAAUUAUCGGCAUGCACAGUUGCGCAAUGCAAUUGAGCGUUGUUUUGGUGUUAUGAAAGGCAGAUUCCCCAUCCUGAAGACCGCCAUGCAGUAUGAAUUCCCCACACAGAUUCAAAUUGUGAUAGCCUGCUGUGUCUUACACAAUUUCAUACGUACUAGACCAGAAUCUCAAGAAGAGAUGGCCUACGCUGGAGUAUCUGCCACUGAUGGGGAGAGUAACCCAACGCCUCACGAGGUUUCAACGAACGACGAGCGACAAUGGUUACUGCGCGCAUCUCAGCGUGAAAAAGAUGAUUGGAAUUGUGUGCGCGAUGCUAUAGCAAACAAAUUGUGGGAAGAUGCGCAACAAAAUAGUGGUAUGCCAGAUAGGAUGUCUAGUGAUCCAUCGACACCAAUACAUUCACCGGCCAAGACACCAGUGGUGCCCACACGAUCUUCCCCACGCACGAGGACGGCGAAAUCCCUGGCCGAGCCUGCGUCCCGAGCAUCGAAAAUAAAGUGGACUCCUGAUAUGGAUCAGGUAAUGAUCGACAUAUUUUUAGAACAAGUGGCAUUGGGACGCAAAGGCGACAACGGUUUCAAACGUGAGGCGUACCAAAGUGCCGCCGACGCCGUUACAAAGCAUACCAAUGUAGUCCUCAAGUGGCAGAAUGUCUCUAACCGACUAAGGUAUUACAAAAGGGAGUACAUUGCAGUGAAGGAUAUGCUAUCGGCGAGCGGGUUCGGAUGGGACAACGAGCGGAUGGUGGUGACGACUCCUGAUGAAGUCUGGGAGGAAUAUAUCAAGGUAUAAAUUUUUCAAAAUAAAGUGAAAAUAUUUGCAAUCAGUAUACACUUCUUAUUGUACUUACUACUCAUUAAUGUACGGCUGCAGUCUCACCCCCGUGCGGAGAAACUCCGCGGUAAACGGAUUGAGAGAAUGGAUGAUCUUGCAACUAUCGUCGGUUCCGACCAGGCAUCGGGACGUUUUGUCCAAGGCAGUAGGACUAUAGCUGCAUCAGCAUCAUCAUCUCGUCUUCAACAAGAACUCAAUAAUGCAUGGAGAGAGCUAGAUGAUGACCUCGAUGAUACAAUUGACUUGUCAGAUGAUUUUGUCACAGACUCUGCAAGGACCAUCCCAUUUUCGCCAGACAGUCCUUCGAUUGGACAACACGGCUCACGUAGCACUCCCACUCACACGUCUAAUUCCAAUGCCACUCAAAAUGGGAGCGCAGGCAGGAAACGAUCGAGCCCUACUUGUCCUUGUGAAGUACUCGGGGCCUUUCUAAAGAUCGUUGCCGACUCAAUGCUUAAAUUUGGCCUCGGCAAGUCAGUGAAUCGCACUUCUAAAGUACUUGAUAUACUAGAAGAGGUCCAGGGCUUGACCAACUUAGAGUUCUUUGAGGUUGGUCAGCUCUUGAGU